AUGGAUGCCAGUUUGGGAGAUGCUGCCAUGACAUUGCGGACGUCUUUCCUUGAUUUUCUAGCCACCCGUGAGAUAAUUUCUCCGACUAUACCGGGUGGCAGAUCCUGGAGUUGUGGCAACGGUUUCAUUUCCACCAUAUUUCCGGGGGUUGUGGCUGUCUUUGAGACGUUUGUUCAUAAGAGUUAUUUCCAGCUUUUCAUGAUUUCAAUCGCUUAA